GCCGGAAGCCGUCUAUCUUACCAUACUAAACUAUAACACUACCUCCCAUUAAAUCGAGAAACUCCAUUGAGAGACCGGAAGGAGCCCUCAGGUUUAGGUCAGUAACGUAGAUCUAUGCCUUGUCCAAAACUCAUCUUCUCCAUCAAACAAAACUUCAUCAAAACGAAAGAAAAAAAAGAGUCUACCUUUUUUGCUGCUUUCUUGGGUCAUAAUGCCGAACGCUUCGCCAAAACUUAUUAACUAUGUUUUCCUUUUUGUCUUCUUGCUUAUUGUUUCCACGCAGCAUAUUCACGCUCAAUCUGGUAAAAAUGAUCCCCAUCGUUGCCUAACUCUCCUGAAUAAUGGAACAUGGUCGUCUUCAGUUCCUGGCGGCUCUCGACGAUGGGAACCAAAAGAUUGUCGUAUGGUUGAGCAUACUGCAGACUCUCUUCACGAAUGCCUCAAUGACCGAAAGGUUGUCUUCAUCGGCGAUUCUACAAUCCGGCAGCUUUUCUGGGCCGCUACUAAACAAGUUGCUCGCCGCGAGUCCGAAACUAGGAUAAAACGCCUGCUUCAAUCGAACGGCAAGCAUCACGAUAUCUCGUUUCGGGCUGAUAAUGUCCAACUGGAAUUUGUCUGGGAUCCCUGGCUAAACUCUACCGUCUUGCACGGUGUGCUUAAGAACUUCCACGCUCUACCUACACCCCUAUAUGUAGAAGGCAUUGCGGGGAUGGACGAACUGUCCCCUGUGCUCGUUAUCUUGGGUGCCCCCGGACUCUGGGCUGCUCGAUACGGCGGGGAUGACUAUAUGAACCUGUUUAAGCGAGCCGUCACCGGCGUCGUGCCGUACCUAUCACCUAGCCUUGAUAACAACAUAUCACAGGCAAUGAAAACGACUCAAGGCUCGGGCGAUAUCCCAAACCGGAUUUUUCUAGCGCCAGUAGGGAUCCCAAAUUACAGCAACUUGGCUCCGAAUCGGUCCAAGAGCAUAACGCCGGAACGGAUUAAGGCCAUGAAUAACUACCUCUCAGAAGUCUUCUCGAACAAUCUGACGUAUGUUCCUUGGGUAUACAACCAAAUUCCCACUUCUUCUAAAUGGGAUUUCGAUAUAGACGGCUUGCAUGUGUCAGACGAUAUGGCAGCACUGAAACUCAACAUUGUUUUCAACGCACUUUGCAAUUCAGCAGCAAGCGCCCGCUCACGCUCUUUCAAGGGCACAUGCUGCGUCGUUCCUCUACAGGGCUAUAGUCCUGUGAUAGUUGGCCUUUUAUUGGGAGUUUCAGCAGGGUUCGGGUCUGCUGGUGCGCGCCAUAACCUGGAGGUUGGAGGUAAUCCAGAAAUCGUUAAAUCUGUCGAAACCCUUAGAAACAUACUCGUUACCUUCAUGUGGUGUUGGUACGCCGACGGGACUUCCUACUUAAUAAAAGCUGAACGUCAUUAUGAACAAGAGGUUUUCGUCGCGGCUUGCCUUAUAUGGCUAGUGGUCAGCGUAUUGUCAUUAAGGAAAGCCACCCACCAGACAGAUGGUUCUUCGUCGUCCAAACGCGAUCUGCGAUACUAUCGUGGUCCGGGAUACAUAUCGCGGAGUCAGUCUAAUGAGAUCAAAGGCUUAAUGCAGGGGAUUAUCUUGCUCUAUCACUAUCACCAUGCGUCCCAGGCUCUCUGGGUUUACAAGAUCAUCCGACUAUUUAUCUCCGGAUACCUAUACAUAUCCGGCUAUGCUCACACGCUAUACCUUCUCAAAACGAACGACUUUUCUUUGAAUCGCGUCAUAGAGAUUCUAUUCCGCUUGAACUUUCUAAGCGUCUUCCUGCCGUACAUGAUGAGAACAACAUACACGUCGUAUUAUUUCGCCCCCGUUAUCACGUUCUGGUAUCUUGUUUUGUACGCGAUGCUUCGUUUCUUCAAAAGCUACAAUCGCGAUCUGCGUUGGCUACUUUUGAAAAUAGCGGUGACAGCUAGACUCACCAAUUUGCUUAUACUUACCCCUGGUAUUCUUGAAGCUGUCACUAGAUUCGUACACGCUAUAUUCUUCAUAUCUAUAGAUGUAGAAGAGAUGCGUUUCAGGCUGCGUCUAGACCGCUACAUUACGUUCAUCGGGAUUAUUGUAGCGGCUCUUACCCAUCGCGCCUCUAUUCGCAGGGAGCCAACUUUCCUUCAACUUGGCUGGGUCGGAGCGGCCCUCACUCUAAGAUUCACAUACUGGCUUGCUAUCGUCUGUGUAGGGAGCAGUCUAACAUUCUUCUACGUCACCCAAACUUAUCUACAAGAGAAGCAGACAUACAAUCAAAUUCACCCAUUCAUAUCCUGGAUCCCGAUAUUAUGUUUUAUAGUGCUCAGAAACUCUCAUCGCAUAUUAAGAGAUAGGUAUCUUUUAUUACCCAACCUCCUCGGCCGCAUCUCGCUAGAGACAUACGUGCUGCAGUACCACAUUUGGCUUGGCGGGGAUGCUACAGCAAAUCUUUUUGUGGGAUAUUGGGAAGGCCGCUAGGGGCGGUUUGCAGAAACGGUGAUACUCACUAUUACGUUUAUCGGACUUGCGGCAACUACAAGAAACAGUACCAGAAUAUGUGCUCGGUGGUUGAAUGGACCGGGAGCUGUGGGACUGCUGUCAGCGCUAUGGACUGCGAAUAUCGUAUACAGCGGAGUACUAACAUCGCGGGCAUGAAUGGUAAUGGUUCGGAUAUGUGGUAUUGGCGGUAUUGGGUCUGAUGAAGAUAUAUAUUAGAAGGAUUGGUGAAGUGCUAUUAUAGGGACAUGGAAAUACUAUAACUAUGGAUAAAGGGGUCUAGUAUUAUAUAUAUUCGUGUUGCUCCCCUG